AUGGUUGUAGUAUUUAUCACGAUAUGUAGCAGUCAUAUAUUGUUGAAGGGUGUAUUUAUCUCGAUAUGUACCAGUCAUAUAUUGUUGAAGGGUGUAUUUAUCCCGAUAUGUAGCAGUCAUAUAUUGUUGAAGGGUGUAUUUAUCCCGAUAUGUAGCAGUCAUAUAUUGUUGAAGGGUGUAUUUAUCCCGAUAUGUAGCAGUCAUAUAUUGUUGAAGGGUGUAUUUAUCCCGAUAUGUACCAGUCAUAUAUUGUUGAAGGGUGUAUUUAUCCCGAUAUGUACCAGUCAUAUAUUGUUGAAGGGUGUAUUUAUCCCGAUAUGUACCAGUCAUAUAUUGUUGAAGGGUGUAUUUAUCCCGAUAUGUAGCAGUCAUAUAUUGUUGAAGGGUGUAUUUAUCCCGAUAUGUACCAGUCAUAUAUUGUUGAAGGGUGUAUUUAUCCCGAUAUGUACCAGUCAUAUAUUGUUGAAGGGUGUAUUUAUCCCGAUAUGUACCAGUCAUAUAUUGUUGAAGGGUGUAUUUAUCCCGAUAUGUAGCAGUCAUAUAUUGUUGAAGGGUGUAUUUAUCCCGAUAUGUAGCAGUCAUCAUAUAUUGUUGAAGGGUGUAUUUAUCCCGAUAUGUAGCAGUCAUAUAUUGUUGAAGGGUGUAUUUAUCCCGAUAUGUAGCAGUCAUAUAUUGUUGAAGGGUGUAUUUAUCCCGAUAUGUAGCAGUCAUCAUAUAUUGUUGAAGGGUGUAUUUAUCUCGAUAUGUACCAGUAAUAUAUUGUAG